CUCGGUCCCCGCCCGCGGGUUCGCUACGGGGCGUGCAAGGCAGCGCUGGCCGGGAGGAAAGAAGCGGGAACGCAAAGCCAACGACUUUUUCCCCCCAGAAAACUUUUCACCCGCUUCUGGGAAGAUGACAGCCGAUCUGCUAAAAAUACCAGACAGCUUCGUGCCGUGCGGCAAAGCGAAAAUGAAAGUGAGGCACCAGACCGUCUAGUCUCAGACCGUCAGACCAUCUCGCAUCAGACCAUCUUUGCGGAGCGUUUCGUGCGGCUUGUAUGAACAUCUUCCCCAGGACGAGGAUCCCGGAUCAGCCCUGCUUGCCCGCCAGCACGAUGCAGCCUCUCUGCCUGGUGGAGCCAUCGCUUCGUGUGAACCCAGAAGCCCUGGACCGUCUCAGGUGCAUCACUGACCCACUCCAUGUGGUGGGCAUCUUCGGGCCCAAGAACACCGGCAAGUCUUUCCUCAUGGACCAGUUGGCUGAGCAGAAUGCAGGCUUUGGCUCCACUCCAGGAAUAUGGAUGCAGCUGCUGCCCCACCCAGCUAAGCCAGGUGAAGUCCUGGUGUUACUGGAUACCAAAGGUUUCCUUGAGCAAACGGAUAAAGGGGAGGAAGAGGCCCUUUGCAAGCUCUUCUGCUUGGAAGCCCUCCUCUGCAGCGUCCUCAUCUACAACACCAGAGUGUACGGAGAGUUGCAGGAUGAACUUGGCGGGUUGCUUUACAUGAAACAACUGGCUGUCCUUAAACAAAUGUCUCUGGAAAAUAGCUCCUUGCUUAGUAGCAUCCUGCCCGAGUUUGUCUGGUGCUUUCGUGAUGUGGCCUCCAACUUGACUUGGGAAGAGAUUCUUCAAGCCACUGACAAUGACCUGGACAUUCUCCUUCCAGUUUGUCUAGAUUUGAAGGACACACUGGCCUAUUCCAUACUGCAGCAGUUUCCCUCUCGGAAGGCCUUCUGUUUCCACUGCCCAUGUGUGGAUGAACAGGAUUGGAAUCUUUUCUCUUCAGACCUGCUGCAUCCCACUUUCCGGAAGCAGCUUGGGGCAUUCAAACAAUACAUUCUGAGCAAGGGGCCUAAGAGGAACGCCAAUGGGGGCAUUUUGUGCAGGUGGCUGGAACAGCUUGUGAACGCCUUGUCUCGGAAUCAGCCUAUCCCUCUGAGCACAAUUUUGAAAGGAUCAGAAGCACCUGUAGCAUCGGUCAGCAUGGAGAGGCCACACUCUCGCAGGGAACACCGCCCAGAGCCACCGAGAGGUGCUUGCCCCCUUCCCCCUUCCAGCCUGUCUGAUCACCUGCACUGGUCCCCUCCAUCCCAGGCAGCAGAGGAGGUUCCUCAAGAUAUUGAGCCUCCUUCCCUGGCUUUCCUUUCUUUGGCCCAAGCAAGCGAUAUGGAUGCCCCAAUGUGCCUUAUAGAAAACAAGCCCGGUGAAAAGUUGCAGGUCAACCGGGAAGCUCUGCAGCUCCUGCAGAGCAUCCAGCAGCCGGUGGUGGUGGUGGCCAUCGUGGGGCUGUACCGCACGGGCAAGUCCUACCUCAUGAACCAGCUGGCUGGCAAGAACAAAGGUUUUGCUCUGGGGGCCACGGUGCAGUCCAAAACCAAGGGCAUCUGGAUGUGGUGCCGCCCACACCCCUUGAGGCCUGGCCACACGCUGGUGCUGCUGGACACCGAAGGGCUCGGUGAUGUCGAGAAGAGCAACACUGAGAACGACUCGUGGAUAUUCGCCCUCUCCAUUCUGCUCUGCAGCACCUUCGUGUACAACAGCAUGGGCACCAUCAACCACCAGGCGCUGGAGCAGCUGCACUAUGUAACCGAAAUAACGGAGCACAUCAAGCUGAGGUCCUCGGCCAGGACAGACGGUGAAACAGCGGACAGGCUUUUCGGCGACCUUGCCAUGUUCUUCCCAAGUUUCAUCUGGGUUGUGCGGGACUUCACGCUGCAGCUUAAAGAGGAGAAUGGAGAGUCUUUCACUGAGGACGAGUAUCUGGAGAGGGCCUUGCAGAGAGGGAAAGACGCCACCGAAAAGCGUGACCUUCCCAAGAAGUUCCUACGGCAAUAUUUCCCCUGCCGCAAGUGCUUUGUCUUCGACCGCCCCGCUGAAAGAAAGGAUUUGGAGCGCUUGGAGGAUUUGCCCGAAUCAAAGCUGAACCCAGAGUUCCUGCAGCAAGCUCGCCAUUUCUGUGACUACGUUCUCCAGAAUGCUCCAGCCAAAGGGAUCCAAGGGGGACCCCCGGUGACAGGGAAAAUGCUGGGGGGCCUGGCCGAGACCUACGUGGAUGCCAUCCGCCGCGGAGCCGUCCCUUGCAUUGAAAAUGCGGUGCUGGCCUUGGCUCAGGCGGAGAACGCGGCUGCUGUGCGCGAGGGGCUGGAGCGCUACGACGAGAUGGUACAGCUCCUGUCGGUGCUGCCCGCGGAGGACAUGACGGAGCUGCUGGCCGUGCACGCUCGCUGCGAGGAAGAGGCCAUCCAGGUGUUCCUGAACCAUGCCUUCAGAGAUGAGAACCAGCAGCACCAGCACAAGCUGAGGAACCAGCUGCAGUUAAAACUUGAGGAGCUCUGCCUUCGGGACGAGCAGGUCUCCUUGGAUCGCUGCCUGGCUGUGCUUUGUGAGUUGUUCCAAGAAGUGGAAGAGAGGAUCUCCAGGGGGGCAUAUGCUGUGGCUGGCGGCUACCAACGGUUCCAGGCUGACCAGCAAGAAGUGAUCGAGGCGUAUUUCAGGGUGGCUAAUAAAGGAAACAUGGCUUCCAAGGCCCUGCACGAUUUCCUGAAAUCCAAGGAAGGUGCAGCCGACUCCAUUCUGCAGGCUGAUAAGAACCUCACAAGCAAACAGAAGGAGAUGGAAGCGGAGAGAGCCCGUGCCGAAGCUGCCGAACGUGAGGCUCAGGCGCAGAAAAAGCGCCAUGAGCAGAAUGAGCAGUUGAUCCAGGAUAUGAAGCGGAGCCACGAGGAGCACAAAAGGCAGUUAAUGGCCAAGAUGGAAGAGGACAGGAAAAAAUUAACAGAUGAAUUUCAGAUAAGCCUGAACCAGAAGCUUCUGGAGCAGACCCGGCUUCAGCAAGAAGGCCAUCGAGAAGAAGUUUCCAGGCUUCAUCGUGAGAUCCAAAGCCUGAGAAACAAGAUUCACGAAAAGCGUUCCUCUAGCUGCGUGAUUGCUUAAAGUGGCUUCUUUGAAAGCGAGCGGAUAAGAAACACUGCCCAGGACUUUGGAGGUGGAAACUGAGCUUUGAGACUUUGCCCAACCAUGUAGGUCAUGUGGGUGGGUUUUAGGGAGGGAAUGGGGCGAUAACACCCCCUUUCCAGCACUAUAUUGAGAUUGUGUCAUUAUUUCUCAGGCAUGUCUUUGCCUGUGGUGAAUUCACUGUAUCUUUGCACUGACUGACUGCUGUUCCAAACAACACGAGAUCUUGCUUACUGGAUCAGUAUUUAGCAGGUACUGGUGUUGUUUCUACAUACUAUAACGCUAAGUCUGCAUCAUAAGAUGAUGAAAUUAAGACAUUCAGAUUGUCCAUGGAAUGGAACCUUCUAAAGUUGCCUUCAGCUUGUUGUUGUUAGUCGCGAAGUCGUGUCCGACCCAUCGCGACCCCAUGGACAACACUCCUCCAGGCCUUCCUGUCCUCCACCAUCCCCCGGAGUCCACUCA